AACUGUUUCAUUUCUCUUCUUCUUCUUCGAAUUGUUUUGUUCUUUCUUAGGUUGGGGAAUGGAGAGUGAAAGUGAGAGUGUUACUUGUUUUAACAAAUACCCUUUUGAGAUUCUUGAGUGUUGGCUUAAUAAGAAGAAGGAGAAGUGGAAGGAGUUAGUGGUUUAUAAUGUUUAUCUUUUCUUGUUCGUUUGUUGUUUUAUUCAACCUGUUUCGAGCCAGUCUUGGGAUGGGAUUAUUGUCACUGAAGCUGAUUUUCAAGCUCUACAAGCUUUCAAACAUGAGCUGAUUGAUCCUAGAGGGUUCUUGAGGAGCUGGAACGAUAGUGGCUAUGGAGCUUGUUCUGGCGGUUGGAUUGGUAUCAAAUGUGCUCAAGGACAAGUUAUUGUAAUCCAGCUUCCUUGGAAGGGAUUAGGAGGCCAAAUAACUGAAAAAAUUGGUCAACUUCAAGCGCUGCGAAAGCUUAGUCUUCAUGAUAACCGCAUUGGUGGUUCAAUUCCUCAAGCAUUGGGGUUUCUCCCUAAUCUUAGAGGUGUUCAACUCUUCAAUAAUCGUCUCUCAGGUUCAAUUCCUCCUUCUUUAGGCUCAUGUCCCCUUCUGCAAACUCUUGACCUUACUAAUAACUCACUUAUUGGGACUAUCCCUGCUAGUCUGGCAAACUCUACCAAGCUUUAUAGACUCAAUCUUAGCUUCAAUUCAUUGUCGGGUUCAAUACCUCUUAGUUUCACUCGCUCUUCUUCACUUGUUUUUCUUUCUCUACAACACAACAACCUUUCAGGUUCCAUUCCUGAUUCUUGGGGUGAACCUCAAAAGAAUAGCUUCUUUCAACUUCGGUACUUAACCAUUGAUCACAACUCCCUCUCAGGAACCAUUCCUGUCUCUUUUGGAAAGCUAAGUGAGCUUCAAGAGCUUUCACUUAGUCAUAACCAAAUCAUUGGAGCUGUUCCAGAUGAAAUAGGCAAGCUUUCCAGGCUUAGGACUCUAGAUUUUUCAAAUAAUGCCAUUAAUGGAAGCUUGCCUGACAGUUUCUCCAAUCUCUCCUCACUUGUUUCAUUAAAUAUGGAGAAUAAUAACCUUAAUAACCAAAUCCCUGAAUCUUUUGGUGGGUUACAUAACCUUUCUGUUCUUAACUUGAAAAGAAACCAAAUUAGUGGUAACAUCCCUUCAAGUAUUGGAAACAUUUCCACACUUACACAACUUGAUUUGUCACAAAAUAAGCUUGGUGGAGAAAUUCCGGAUUCUCUUGCCAAUUUAAGAAGUCUUAGUUCCUUCAAUGUCUCUUACAAUAACCUUUCAGGUCCUGUCCCUACUUCUCUCUCACAAAAGUUCAAUUCAAGUUCUUUUGUGGGGAAUAUUCAGUUAUGUGGGUUUAGUGGGUCAGCUCCAUGUCCUUCUCCAGCACCUUCUUCAAAUGUUCCAGGUGCACCCGCUGAGAAACCAAAGUCUCAUGGAAGAAAAUUAAGUACAAAAGAUAUAAUCCUCAUUGCAGCAGGAGCUCUUCUUAUAGUUUUGCUUAUCCUUGUGUGCAUUUUGCUCUGCUGUUUGAUAAGGAGAAGGACUGCAUCAAAAGAAAAGGAUGGUCAAGCCACAACAUCAAGGGCUGCUGCAGCAAGGGGCGAAAAGGGGGCUUCACCUGAAGCUGGUGAAGUCGAAGCUGGUGGAGAGACCGGGGGCAAAUUGGUCCAUUUUGAUGGACCAUUGGUUUUUACAGCCGAUGACCUUUUGUGUGCGACUGCAGAAAUCAUGGGAAAGAGUACUUAUGGCACUGUCUAUAAGGCAACUCUGGAGGAUGGUAGUCAAGUUGCAGUGAAGAGAUUGCGAGAAAAGAUAACAAAAGGUCAGAGAGAAUUUGAAGCUGAAGUUAAUUUGCUUGGCAAAAUAAGGCAUCCAAAUCUUUUGGCUCUAAGGGCUUAUUACAUGGGCCCAAAGGGUGAGAAACUUCUUGUUUUUGAUUAUAUGCCUAGAGGGAGUCUUGCAACUUUUCUCCAUGUUCGAGGGCCUGACACAUCAAUUGAUUGGCCCUCAAGGAUGAAAAUCAUUCGAGGCACGGCGCAAGGCCUACUCUACCUUCACAAUCAUGAGAACAUUAUGCAUGGGAACCUGACAUCAACCAAUGUCCUCCUUGAUGAGAGUACAAAUGCUAAAAUUGCAGAUUUUGGCCUCUCCAGGUUAAUGACUGCUGCAGCUAAUGUAAAUGUGAUUGCAACUGCAGGCGCAUUAGGCUACAGAGCACCUGAGCUUUCAAAGCUCAAGAAAGCCAACACAAAAACUGAUGUAUACAGCCUUGGAGUUAUCAUGUUGGAACUCCUAACAGGGAAGUCUCCAGGCGAGGCAAUGAAUGGAGUGGACUUGCCUCAAUGGGUUGCCUCCAUAGUAAAGGAGGAGUGGACUAAUGAAGUUUUUGAUUUAGAAUUGAUGAGGGAUGCAUCAAUAAUUGGUGAUGAGUUGCUCAACACACUGAAAUUGGCUUUGCAUUGUGUUGAUCCUUCACCCUCAGCACGACCGGAAGUUCAACAAGUUCUGCAGCAACUAGAAGAAAUAAGACCAGAGACAGCUACCACCAGUUCCGGUGAUGAAGGAGCUGCAGUCCCUUCAACAAGUGAGUAACGCGAAUGUUAUGAGCUAUGUAGUUGGCAG